AAUAAAAGGCUUUUCAAAAACCCCUGUGAGCACAAAUCGAAAAUCUCGCCGGCGACUCAAUUUCUCUCCGGCGUAAUCAACAGUACUUAGAGAAGAAGAAGAAGAAUGGUGUAUAUUACUUCGUGGGACGAUUUUGUUGAGAGAUCCGUACAGUUAUUCCGCGCCGAUCCCGAAAAAACUCGGUAUGUGAUGAAAUAUAGACAUUCUGAUGGUAAAUUGGUUCUCAAGGUCACCGAUGAUAAAGAGUGUCUCAAGUUUAAGACUGACCAAGCUCAAGAUGCCAAGAAGAUGGAGAAACUUAACAACAUUUUUUUCACCUUGAUGGCUCGUGGUUCCGAUGCUGAUAUAUCAGAAGUGGGUGGUAAAGAACAAAUGGAGGCACAAGCACCUAAGAAGGGGAGGGGGAGGAAACAAUAACUCUUCUAUUAUAUUGCAACUCUCUUACUGCUGUGAAGAUAUUUUUGAAACCUGCAAGGAAUUUUUCUUCCUACUUUUUUUUGUACUAUUAGUUGAGUACAUCUUGUUGCUUCUUGAAGUAGUCCUUUUCCUGCAAGCUCUGGUUUAUAUAACUAGACUUUUUAUUUUUUCUCA